ACGACGCCUCUACCCCCAUCAUCACCACCAUUAAACUGAUCUUUUUUUUUAAGUGUUUCUGGACAAAAUCAUCUAAACACUAAAUAUAUACACAACAAAGAAUGUGUCUAUCAUGAACGGAACUUCCCUGUGAUUAACAGGGCCAAACUGAGAUUCUUUGAUAUGGUGAUCUAAUUACUUUAUCAAUAUGGCACUAGAAAAAGGAGAAACGAUUUAUAUAUAUACAGAAUGUCCAUAGAAAUGCCCUAACUAAAGAUCCUUUUCUGUAUUAUAAUGUUCAUAAGAAUUAAAAUAAUAAUAAAAAACACUUUUUGAAACACCCACAAAAGGAUCAGAAACUCUAUACAGAAUUCGAAACUGCAUACAAGUGCUUAAGAAGAAAAUGAAAAGGCAGUGAACUGUAUAUUGUUGGUAUAAUUAUAACUAGACACAGAUAACAUGUGUCUAACUUUAAUUUACACAGGUAAAUUAACACAGGAAUACACAGGUAAAUUAAUUUACACAGGUAAAUUAACACAGGAAUAAUUUAACUGGAUAAAAAAUGUUGGGUUUGGUGUUGCAUUUCAUUCCGGUGCCCUCUUGAAGGAUAAGUUAAACUAACCCUUAAAUUGGCAUGAGAAAAUAGGCUCGAUCACUCUCCUAGUCACCUAGUGUCUUUCAGGGAUAGUUAUACUCCAUUAGUGUCUUAUAGGUACACAGGUUACACUAUUCUCUUAGUUUCUUAUGGGUAGAUAAGCCGCUGUUCGCCUAACACCCGGUGGAAUAGGCUACACUUUCUUGUACAUUGUAAUAAGUUAAUAUACUUUUUUAGCAGCUUGGAUUUUUUUAGCAGCUUGGAUUUUACUUCUGUUGCCUUUAUAUAUAAAUUUUAUUAUAAUAGCUGUUAUUGCCCAUCCAUGAAAUUCUUGGUUGUUACAAAAUUUCAUACAAACAAUAACGGGCUAUAAAUUCUUGGACAAAAUUUAGUAGGAAAUUGCAACUUUGUGUCAGGAGAGGUGGACAGAGACUUGUGUCGGCUUCUGUGAGGUAAUUUUGUAAUAUUUUCUGUGGUAAAGUGUUCUGUAAUGGAUCGAUACUCAUGAAUUAUUAUCAAACCAAGGUAGACUCUCUUUGUUAAGGUUAGAAUACCUUCGUUCAACACGGCCGAGAGAAGGAACAAAUUUCUGCAGCUCUCGGUGCAUUUGUAUGGCUUGUCUUCUGGAUAAUCAAUACUGUAAUCAUUCAGGUACAUAUUUACCAAGUGAUGGCUUUUAAAUCUAAAAGUCUAGACGAUAUAUAUUAUUAAACUAAUUAUCUUUUUUUGAGGGGGCUUUUAUUCCUAUGAAAUUUUGUUUCAUAUUAUUUUUGUAACAGCGAUACCUGAUGAACAAAUUGGCGUAUUAACCAGGGAUUUGUUUUAGUUAUUCGGCGUUUUGUGGUCUAAAAGAGUGCGUGAUGGCUCAGAGAACUCUGGCAGACGCCCGAGGACUCGUGCUGGGUUGGGGCCCCAAGAAAGGCGAGGACGCGCCCUUUCUUCAGCGCCUGUGGCCCGUCGUUCUGGCCGCUGCUGGAGCCGGGAACGGCCUUACAGUAAACGCCAAAAUGCUGGAAACUCUUCUUGCUGGAUGUGCCAGAGACUGUUUGAACUCCCGAAAACGACGAGACGAGUUAGUGGCGGCUUUCACUCCUAUGCUGGAGGCUUCCUGUGACCCGGCUGGAGCAGCUGCUGUCCUCAUCGACGCCACGCUAGAGUACCACAGCCACCAUCUUGAUACCAACGGCGGAGUCUGUAAACUGGGGAAAUUCCACAACAUUUUGUACGUGACGGCGUCUGUGGCUGUGGAGCAAGAGGUGCGGGACUCCCAGGCUGUGACUCGUCUCCUGCGGGCGCUGCACCUCUGUGAAGGCGGGCUGGACCGCCUGGUGACCCCGGCUGUGCUAGGACCCAAGGUGUCUCACCUUCUCAGCUCCUGGCGCUGCGAUACGGACACGCCCGAGGAGGCCCGACAUCGUCUUCAGUUUUUCAUGAACCACGCGCGAUCCACACGACUGUUGCUGCCUAGAGCAAGGGGUCCUCCGGUACCGCUCGUCGACGCCCCGCUGCCUUCACUUCAGGGCGCCUCGCCGCUCUACAUGGCUGUCCAGGCCACUGACGAAGAUGCUGUUUUGCUGCUUCUGCAGAACGGCGCCACACCUUUCCUCGGCGGCCAAUUUUGUCCGUUCCUGCUAGUGCUGCGGCGUCUGUCUAGCCACGCCCGGGCCGUCAUUGGACAGAUGCCGCCAUGUUCUUGUCCAGAGCAGUUGUUCCGAGAGCAGCUGUCUCCUAAACAGCUGUACCUAGAACAGCUUUGUUCAUGCCGCCUCCAGCACCCUAUCCAGUACCCGCCGGAGGCCCUGGCGGUGCUACGCCUCCUGCUGCGGGCUGUAGGGGCGCGGCGGGUGGAUAGAGACCCGGAAAUUAUCCACCUGCGCCUUCUGCAAGACGGGCUGCUGGGGGGUCCGCCGCCCCUGAAGCACUGGGCGAGGUACAGUGUGCGCACGGCGCUGCGCAGGGCGUGGACACUCCCUCAGGCCACCUCCUCUCUUGGCCUUCCUCUGUCACUCGUCGCCUACCUCGACCUGUGCCUGGAUUGACCCCGUUGAGCACCGCUAUCUAGUUGAAUGCCUGCAGGUCGGCGUUCAAUCCCUGAUGGUCUAAGUGGUUGGGCACCCUUCCUCCCCCCCUUUCCAUCCCAAAUCCUUAUCCUGACCUCUUCCAAGUGCUAUAUAGUAGUAAUGGCUUGGCGCUUUCACCCUUGAAAAUUCCUUCCUUCCUUCGCCCUCACUUUCUGAACGUUCCUUCCUCACGUGGUGAGCACGCCAGAACGCCAAGAUGUAGACGCCAGGUUCAGCUCUAAGCCUGAAUGUCGGCGACCAGGGACAAUAUCACGUCCAACGAGACACCAGGGACAUUAUCACGUCCAACGAGACACCAGGGACAGUAUCACGUCCAACGUGACUCCAGGGACCACGUCCAACGGAUCACGAAAGAUAGCACCAGUUCCAAUAAAAGAAAUUAUAUAUCUGUAAAAAAAAUAUACACGUAGAACACAUAUAUUUAGCUCAAAUAUAAAUAAUGUAUUUCCUUACCCACCGAGCUUUAUUUAAAACUUUAAAUUUGUGUCAUAAACUUGAUAUUUUAAAGCUAGACUAUGUCUCUAAUUAUAGAAAUUCAUUUUGGGCUCAAAAAACUCACAGGACAUAUAAUCACUGCCAUUAAAACUGUGGAUUGAACUAGCUGUGUUGAGAGAUAGAAAAUUAAAAAUAUAGUAAAGAAAAAGACAAGAAUAGAGAGGAGAGAAAGGUAAUAGAAGAUAGAGCUGCUUAAGAAGUUACACAGAAUAAGUAGUUUUGAAGAAUUAAUUUAGUUCAUCAUGAGCCAGACCGUCCUCCUAUAUGGUUUCCCAACGUUAAGAAAUAGUCGUACUACAGUCUCCGUGGUGUAGUGGUAAGACACUCGCCUGGCGUUCCGCGAGCGCUAUGUCAUGGGUUCGUAUCCUGGCCGGGGGGGAUUUACUGGGCGCAAU